AUGACCCGGUUCCGCCCCUGCAUCGACCUCCAUGCAGGGCAGGUCAAGCAGAUUGUGGGCGGGACACUAGACAGCAAGACUGCCUCCCUGCAGACCAACUUUGUCUCUCCCCACCCGCCGGCUCACUUCGCCCGGCUCUACCGCGACAAUGCGCUUACCGGUGCGCAUGUCAUCAUGCUUGGCCCCGGCAACCAGGAUGCUGCGCGGGAGUCGCUAGCGGCCUGGCCAGGCGGAUUACAGGUCGGUGGCGGCAUCAACGAUUCCAAUGCGAAAGAGUGGAUAGGAGCCGGUGCCGAGAAGGUUAUCAUCACCUCCUUCCUCUUCCCCAACGGCACUUUCUCCCAAUCCCGGCUUGACGCAGUCCUCGCCGCAAUAGAUGGCGACAAGAGUAAGCUGGUGAUAGAUCUCAGCUGCCGGCGGCACGGCGGCGGGGACAGGUGGUUCGUGGCCAUGGACAAGUGGCAGACUAUAACCGACAUGGAAGUGUGUGAAGAUUCAAUCAAACGCCUUGAACCUUAUUGCUCCGAGUUCCUCAUCCACGCAGCCGACAAUGAGGGGCUGCAGAAGGGCAUUGAUGAGAAGCUGGUGGAGAAGCUGGCGCAGUGGUGCAGCAUCCCAGUGACCUAUGCCGGCGGAGGGCGUAGCCUGGAGGACUUGGAAAAGGUGAAGCAACUGAGCGGCGGCAAAGUCGACUUGACAAUCGGCAGCGCUCUCGACUGCUUCGGCGGGAGCGGCGUCACCUUGGCCGAAUGUGUCGAAUGGAACCGGCGCCAGGAAAAUUGA